AUGUACAAACCGAAGAAACAACUAGCCAUUCUCGUGAAACCGUGUUGGAGUAUUCUGCCAACAAAUGGCCCCGCUCAACUGGUGUUGUCAGAUGAGGAAAAUGCAGUCAUGGCCAUGUCUAUCUACAAUCUACUGCAUGUGCUGGCUGUUAUGUACGCAAAACAGAAGGCUGUUUGUGGGCAGGACGCCGACGGAGAACGGCAGACAACACAAGUCGCGAGUCUUGCUGACAUGCCGGAGCACGUGGCAUGGGGGGAAUUUAAUAGGCUAACGGGUAGCCACUCAGGACAGAGGUGA